AUGGAAAUUGGGACCAAAGGCUCAGGCCUGCAAGGGCCGGACGAAGAACUGCCGUUGCGACUCCUCCGUGGACGUGGAGGUCAUAAGGAACGGCCGGAUGAAGGGCACAUUGCUACCGGGCACCAAGAUGCACGAUGUGGCCGUCUUCUUCUCUGUCCCCUUCGCCGCAUACUCCGGCAGGUGGAAACAUCCUGCGCCCUUGCAGAUGCCAAAGACACCCAGAUUGGACAAAGCCUCAGACCAGUGCAGCAUGCCAUGGCUCUACCAGCUACGAACAGGAACCACGGACUCCAUCCACCGCGGAAGCUUUUGCUUCCAGUGGUUGCCGGCGCUUGGGCGCUUUGGCAUGGAGAGUUGUCUGACCUUAGACGUGUAUACACCUGCCGUUGCAAAGUUGCCAGGAUCCGGGUCUUCGCCGUUACGUUUACGCAGCAAUGCCUCGUUACCGGUGAUGGUCUUUAUCGAAGGGGGCGGCUUUUUGGUGCCUUGACGGCCUCGACAACGGUGGGUUCGUGGCUAUCGUGGCUGUGA